ACUACAUAUAAACCCGCAAUCUAGGUUUCCUACCGCUCUCUCUCAGCAUUUUCGACUCUCCUCUCUCCGCAGCCGUCGGCCGAAGCUUGCUUUCACAAAGACACAAUGGUGAAAGGUCGUCAGGGGGAGCGCGUCAGGCUCUACGUUCGCGGAACUAUUUUGGGAUACAAGAGGUCGAAGUCGAAUCAGUACCCAAACACGUCCUUGAUUCAGAUCGAGGGCGUCAACACUCAAGAGGAAGUGGCGUGGUACCGCGGGAAGCGCAUGGCGUACAUUUAUAAGGCCAAGGUUAAGAAAAAUGGGUCCCACUACCGAUGCAUUUGGGGAAAGGUUACCCGGCCGCAUGGUAACAGUGGUGUUGUCCGUGCCAAGUUCAAGUCCAAUCUUCCCCCUAAAUCAAUGGGUGCAAGAGUGAGGGUGAUGAUGUAUCCCAGCAAUAUCUAAGCGAUGGAUCCUUAUAGAUUUUGAAGGACUCGAACUCAAAAGUGAAGCCUAGGUUGUGGAUUUUUUGGUAGUAGAAAAGUUUUGUGCCAUCAUUAGUCAAGUUUUCUUUCCGAUAGUGCAAUGAGUUUGACAUUGCAAAUGCACAUCUUUAAAAUUGACCUUUCUAUUGAUGUUUCCAACCUUGUCAUUAUGCAAGUUUCAAUGAAACUACUUUUGAUGGUUGCUUA